AUGGCGUCCAUAACUCAGUAUUCACAACAUCCGUUUUUCACACAUCUCGUCGCUCUCUUAUCUGUCUACGAGCUUGGUCCUGCCCUCCCGACGCCCAUUCCCAAAUAUGACGGCCCGACCGAUUGGCAGAUCGAGAGCAUCCUCCGCUCUCUCGGCGCCAUGGCGCGCCGCAUGUAUACCGCCGAGGAGGCCCUGAACGCCAUCCGAGAUGCAGAGAGU